AUGUCUGCUCCCAAGCCCUCAGUGGUGCUGGAGGCGCAGGAGGUCGACACCUUCCACGUCCCCAAGGCUUUCCACGACAAACACCCCGUCGGAACUCACCUGAAGGACCUCGACGAGUACAAGACUCUCUAUGAGGAAUCCAUUCGCAGCCCCGACACCUUCUGGGCCCGCCAUGCCCGCGAGCUGCUCACGUUCGAGAAGGAUUUCAAGACCACCCACGUUGGCUCGCUCGAGAACGGCGACAAUGUCUGGUUCCCCGAGGGUCGUUUGAACGCCUCUUACAACUGUGUUGACCGCCAUGCGCUCAAGAACCCUAACAAGGUCGCCAUCAUCUAUGAGGGCGACGAGCCCAACGAGGGCCGCACCAUCACGUACGGCGAGCUCUUGCGCGAGGUUUCUCGCGUCGCCUGGGCUCUGAAGCAGCGCGGCGUGAAGAAGGGCGACACGGUUGCCAUCUACAUGCCCAUGAUUCCCGAGGCCGUCGUUGCCUUCCUAGCUUGCUCGCGCAUUGGUGCCGUGCACUCCGUCGUUUUCGCCGGUUUCUCUUCCGACUCUCUUCGGGACCGUGUCAUUGACGCCGACUCCCGCUGUGUCAUCACCACUGAUGAGGGUAAGCGUGGUGGAAAGGUUAUUGGUACCAAGCGCAUUGUCGAUGAGGCUCUCAAGCAGUGCCCCAACGUGAACACCUGCCUUGUCUACAAGCGCACUGGCGCUGAGAUCCCUUGGACCGAGGGCCGCGAUAUUUGGUGGCACGAGGAGGUCGAGAAAUACCCCAACUACAUUGCACCGGAAUCAAUGAGCUCCGAGGAUCCUUUGUUCCUGCUCUAUACCUCUGGCUCCACCGGCAAGCCCAAGGGUGUCAUGCACACUACCGCUGGUUACCUUCUUGGUGCGGCCAUGACUGGAAAGUACGUCUUCGACAUUCACGACGACGACCGCUACUUCUGUGGUGGUGAUGUGGGUUGGAUUACCGGCCACACCUACGUUGUGUACGCGCCUCUGCUCCUUGGCUGUGCUACUGUUGUCUUCGAGAGUACUCCCGCCUACCCCGACUUCUCGCGCUACUGGGACGUUAUCGAUAAGUACGAUGUCACUCAGUUCUACGUUGCCCCCACUGCUCUGCGCCUAUUGAAGCGCGCUGGUGGCGAGCACAUUCACCACAAGAUGAAGUCUCUGCGUAUUCUGGGCUCUGUUGGUGAACCUAUUGCUGCUGAAGUCUGGAAGUGGUACUUCGAGGCUGUUGGCAAAGGAGAAGCCCACAUUUGCGACACCUACUGGCAAACCGAGACUGGCUCCAACGUGAUCACUCCUCUCGGCGGUAUUACCCCCACCAAGCCCGGCAGUGCUUCCCUUCCUUUCUUCGGUAUUGAGCCUGCCAUUAUCGACCCCGUCUCCGGCGAAGAGAUCACUGGCAAUGAUGUUGAGGGUGUUUUGGCCUUCAAGCAGCCCUGGCCCAGUAUGGCACGCACCGUUUGGGGUGCCCACAAGCGCUAUAUGGACACUUACUUGAACGUAUACAAGGGUUACUACUUCACGGGUGAUGGCGCUGGUCGCGAUCACGACGGCUAUUACUGGAUCCGUGGCCGUGUUGACGACGUUGUUAACGUAUCUGGCCACCGUCUCUCCACCGCUGAGAUCGAGGCUGCUCUCAUCGAACACCCUAUGGUCGCCGAGGCUGCUGUUGUCGGUAUCUCCGAUGAGCUGACCGGUCAGGCUGUCAACGCCUUCGUUUCUCUCAAGGAGGGUAACGAGACCAACGACCAGGUGCGCAAGGAUCUGGUUUCGCAGGUUCGCAAGUCAAUUGGUCCCUUUGCCGCCCCUAAGGCCGUUUUCGUUGUCGACGACCUCCCCAAGACCCGCAGUGGAAAGAUCAUGCGCCGUAUUCUGCGUAAGAUUCUUAGCGGCGAGGAGGACAGCCUUGGUGACACUUCCACGCUCUCCGACCCCAGUGUUGUUGACAGAAUUAUUGCCGUUGUCCACGCUGCUCGCGAGAAGUAA